UUUGGCCUCAGCAUCCUACUCCCCUCCCACCCUCUGCUUUUGUCUGUGCUCUGCUCGAGCACAGAAAUCCAGUGGGGAAACUGCUUUGGACUGAUUUGGGCACUCAGGUCUCGAGCAAGACUGCCUGUUGUCUUAACAAUUUGCCUUUACAUCCCAAAAGCAGAAGGCUGGAGGCACCGGGCCAGGGCAAUGCAUCUCUUUGUGGUGUGUCUCUUCAGCCUCUGGGGUCUGGCUGCCCCUAAGCCCUAUGUCGUGGAAGAUAUUUGCACCGCGAAGCCCCGCGACAUCCCGGUGAACCCCAUGUGCAUCUAUCGCAACCCCGAGAAGAAGUCCCAGGAGGGCGAGGGGCAAGAGCCAGGGAAGGGCAAGAGCAAGAUCCCGGAGUCCACUAACCCCCGGGUCUGGGAGCUGUCGAAGGCCAACUCGCGCUUCGCCGUUGUCUUCUACAAGUACCUGGCCGACUCCAAGGACAAUGGGGAAAACAUCUUCAUGUCACCCCUCAGCAUUUCUACAGCCUUCGCCAUGACCAAGCUCGGAGCAUGUGGUGACACCCUGCAGCAGCUCAUGGAGGUCUUCCAAUUUGACACUAUUUCAGAAAAAACAUCCGAUCAGGUCCACUUCUUCUUUGCCAAGCUCAACUGCCGACUUUACAAGAAAGCCAACAAAUCGUCGGAGCUGGUAUCAGCCAACCGCCUCUUCGGAGAGAAGUCUUUGGUCUUUAACGAGACCUACCAGAACAUCAGCGAAAUAGUGUACGGAGCCAAACUCUGGCCGUUGAACUUCAAAGAGAAGCCAGAGCUUUCCAGGAAGAUCAUAAACGAGUGGGUGGCUAAUAAGACAGAGAGGCGCAUUACAGAAGUGAUCCCAGAGAAAGGUAUCGAUGACCUCACUGUCCUGGUCCUGGUCAACACCAUUUAUUUUAAGGGGCACUGGAAAUCGCAGUUCCCAACUCCAAACACAAGACUGGAUUUGUUUCAUAAAGCCAACGGUGAGACCUGCCAAGUCCCAAUCAUGUACCAAGAGUCCAAAUUCCACCACGCAUCCAUUCACCAGGACAAAGUGCAAGUGGUGGAGCUGCCCUACAAGGGGGACGAUAUCACAAUGGUGCUGGUCCUGCCCUUUGCCGGGACGCCGCUGGUGGAGGUAGAGCAAGACCUGACAUCGGAGAAGCUGCAGGAGUGGAUAGACUCCAUGAGGGAGGUCUCUCUCACUGUCUCUCUCCCUCGCUUCCGCAUUGAGGACAGCUUCAGCGUCAAGGAGAAGCUGAGAAAAAUGGGGCUGGAAGAUCUCUUCAGUCCAGAAAAUGCCAGACUCCCAGGUAUAGUUGCAGAGGGCCGUACAGACCUGUAUGUAUCUGAGGCUUUCCACAAAGCCUUCCUUGAGGUGAAUGAAGAAGGCAGUGAGGCAUCAGCAGCCACAGCCGUCGUCAUCUCCGGCCGCUCCUUCCCCAUGAACAGAAUUAUCUUUGAAGCCAACAGGCCUUUCUUGCUAUUCAUCCGGGAGGCCGCCCUCAACACCAUCAUCUUCAUGGGCAGAAUAUCUGAUCCUUGCUCCUAAAUGGGCUGUCGGGGCCUCACUUCUCCCUUUUCUGCCCUUGAAGAAGGGGCAGUAGGAGCCCCUUCGUCAUGCAGCCCACGUCGCUACGGGGGCGGUUGGUCUUACUGUUUGGUGCAAGCUGCGGGGACGGAUUGGAACCAGCUGGGCUGCUCCGGCCCCUCCUUGCUGUGUCAGGUGAGGGGGGCUCAGAGGGCACCGCUCCUGCUCGUUCAAAGGAAACUGAUUUUUUUGUGGCAUCCAGGACUGAGUCCAGCAUUGCUGUUGUUCUUGUAUCCAACCCCUCCUCCCCUUCAGGCAUCAAACUGUAACUCUGAUCCCCCAGUACAUUAAAAGCCUAUACGUCUGUCUGUAACAAACCGA